AACGAAACAGAUAGUCCUUUCAAGUUUCAACACAAACCCCGAACCCAACGCCAAAACUUAAACCACACACUCACUCUCUCUCUUUCUCUCUCUCUCAGAGACACACAGACACAGACACACACACUCACAGAGAGGGGAGACAAGACAAGCUUGGGUGAGUUGUCUUGGGGGUAGUUAAACAUGGGAAGCAGCAGAGAAUGAGAGUGAGUUGUGGUGGUAGCAGACUAGCUAGCAGUAAUAACACUUAUUGGCAGCAAUCAUGUCGAUACUAUCGUGCUCCUCCGAGUGUUUAUCCGAUGACCUGCUUUGCGGUGAGCAAGGGUCCGAAAUCUUGUCCGGUGAGUCGUCUCCGGCGGAGUACUCGUCGGACUUGGACUCCUCGGCUUGUAGCGAAGAGUCCAUAGCCGAGUUCAUCGAGGACGAGCGUAACUUCGUUCCUGGGUUCGAUUACCUCGCUAGGUUUCGCUCUCAAUCCCUCGAUGCUUCAGCUAGAGAACAAUCGGUUUCGUGGAUUCUCAAGGUUCAAGCAUAUUACGGAUUCCAGCCAUUGACGGCGUACCUCGCCGUUAACUACUUGGAUCGGUAUCUUUAUUCUCGCCGUUUGCCGCAAACAAAUGGGUGGCCAAUGCAACUGUUAUCUGUAGCUUGCUUAUCUUUAGCGGCUAAAAUGGAGGAACCUCUGGUUCCUUCUCUAUUGGAUCUUCAGGUGGAAGUAGCCAAACACAUUUUUGAGCCUAGAACGAUCCAAAGGAUGGAGCUUCUUGUGCUUAGUGUUUUGGAUUGGAGACUACGAUCCAUAACACCAUUCAGCUUCAUUGCUUACUUCGCAUGCAAGCUUGAUUCGGCAGGAACUUAUGCUGGUUUUUUAGUUUCAAGGGCGACUGAAAUCAUUUUAUCUAAUAUUCAAGAGGCUAGCUUUCUUGAGUAUUGGCCAUCAUGCAUUGCUGCCGCAGCCAUACUUUGUGCAGCUAGUGAAAUUCCAAAUUUGUCUCUUGUUAAUCCUGAACAUGCUGAAUCAUGGUGUGAUGGACUACACAAAGAUAAAAUCAAUGGUUGCUACCAGUUAAUGCAAGAAUUUGUUCUUGACAAUAACACCAGGAGGAAGCCCUCAAAAGUGUUGCCACAGCUUCGAGUUACAAUUUGUACUAGAAUGAGGUCUAGUGAUUCAUCGUCAUCAUCAUCGUCAUCAUCACCAAAUAAAAGGAGAAAAUUAAACAGCUACUUAUGGGUAGAUGAUGACAAAGGAAACUCGGAGUAAUGGAAAAAAAAA